AUGGCUCCCGACAGCACCCACUUCGAAACUCUGCAAUUGCAUGCGGGGCAGGAGCCAGAUCCAACAACUAAUGCUCGAGCUGUACCAAUAUAUGCCACCACUAGUUUCACAUUCAAUGACUCUGCUCAUGGAGCAAGACUGUUCGGGCUCAAGGAGUUUGGUAACAUCUACAGCCGGAUCAUGAAUCCAACUGUCGAUGUCUUUGAGAAACGUAUAGCCGCUCUAGAAGGCGGAAUUGCCGCCGUGGCCGCCAGCUCUGGCCAAGCAGCUCAGUUCAUGACAAUUGCGGCUUUGGCACACGCAGGAGACAAUAUCGUAUCGACUACGAACCUGUACGGAGGAACCUAUAAUCAACUGAAGGUGUUCUUACCAAGACUGGGCAUACAUACCAAAUUCGUCAAGGGAGACAAGCCAGAGGACUUCGCAGCAGCAAUAGAUGAAAACACAAAGGCAGUCUAUAUUGAGAGUAUUGGCAACCCAAAGUACAAUAUCCCGGACUUUGAGGCAAUUGCAAAAGUAGCUCAUGAGAAGGGCGUUCCUGUAGUGGUUGAUAAUACUUUCGGUGCUGGAGGUUACUUCGUUCGUCCAAUCGACCACGGCGCAGAUAUUGUUGUUCACUCAGCAACAAAGUGGAUCGGUGGACACGGCACAACAAUUGGAGGGGUGGUUGUCGACUCGGGAAAGUUUGACUGGGGCAAGAAUGGCAAGCGAUUCCCGGAGAUGGUGGAGGAAUCUCCAGGAUACCACGGCCUUAAAUUCUGGGAAACAUUUGGCCCUGUAACUUUUGCCAUCCGCCUCAGAGUCGAAAUCCUCCGCGAUUGUGGAAGCGCGUUGAACCCAUUCGGUGCCUUCCAGUUAAUCCAAGGUCUCGAGACCUUGAGUCUGCGCGCUGAACGUCAUGCCUUCAAUGCCAUUACUUUGGCUAGGUGGCUUGAGAAAAGCCCCCACGUCUCUUGGGUCUCUUAUCCAGGUCUUGAAAGCCACCCAUCUCACGAGCUUGCCAAAAGGUACCUGAAACGGGGAUUUGGAGGCGUUCUGAGUUUCGGUGUUAAAGGAGGUGGGGCUGCCGGUAGUCAGGUUGUUGAUGGCUUCAAGUUGAUCUCUAACCUGGCAAAUGUUGGCGACUCGAAGACUCUUGCUAUCCACCCAUGGUCCACAACUCACGAGCAAUUGUCAGAUGAUGAGAAGCUUGCUUCGGGUGUAACUGAGGACCUCAUCCGGAUAUCGGUAGGCACAGAGCACAUUGACGACAUUAUCGGCGACUUCGAGCAAUCAUUUAUUUCCGCCGAGGCAGCCAAGACAACGGGUGGCAAGGGCGAGAAUGCUUUAGAAACUGGCGGAACCGAUGCAGAUGCCAAGAUCGUUGUUUAG